UUCAGAGUCAACAUGGUACCGACACUAACAGGGAGUUAGACACUACACCGCUACGCACCACAUAUCUGCCCUGUUAGACACGGAUGAGAAAGCUAAACCUGAACGGUGUAGAGUGCAGGUUGGAUCUCUGAGAUCUGCUGCUCCUGUUUCAGCUCUUCUCCCCUCCUCUCUGUUCACAUCAAUAUGGCCAGCGGGGAUGAUGAUGACCCAAUUAUAGAGGAGAUUGAUGUGUAUCUUGCCAAAAGUCUUGCAGAUAAGCUGUAUCUUUUUCAGUACCCCGUCCGACCAUCCAAUAUGACCUACGAUGAUGUCAACCACUUAUCAGCUCGGAUCAAACCCAAGCAGCAAAAGGUGGAGUUGGAAAUGGCCAUGGACACAAAUAGUCCAAACUACUGUCGCAGCAAAGGAGAGCAGAUAGCUCUGAAUGUGGACGGCACCACUUACGAGGAAACAAACACCUAUUCUGCGAAAAUUAUGGAUAAACAGACCUUCACCUCCAUCCAGGCCACCACCAACACCUCCAGAUACGCUGCUGCUGUGUUUCGCAAAGGAGAGCUUCACGUCACUCCUCUGUCGGGAAUCCUGCAGAUGAGACCGAGCUUCACUUAUCUGGACAAGGCCGACACCAAAACCAGAGAGAGGGAGGCGGCCAAUGAAGGUGGAGACUCCUCCCAGGAUGAAGCUGAGGAGGACGUCAAAGCCAUAACGGUGAGGUUUGCGCGUCCCGAGUCGGAGCAGGCCCGGCAGAGGAGGAUCCAGUCGUACGACUUCCUCCAGAGGAAGCAGGCGGAGGAGCCCUGGGCUCACCUGCACUACCACGGUGUCAAGGAUGGGCACUCGGAGCAUGAACGGCAGUAUCUGUUCUGCCAGUCAAUGGACGCCUCGGAGAACUCUGAGCUGGUCAAAACCCCCAAGGAGUACCUAGCAAUGCUAAUGCCGCCUAUUGCAGAGGAAAAACUUGUGAAGCCUGUUGGUCCCAGCAAUGUGCUCUCCAUGGCUCAGCUCCGCACUCUGCCUCUGGGAGAGCAGGUCAAGACCCUGUUGAAGAACGUUAAAGUGAUGCCGUUUGCUAACCUGAUGGGCCUGCUCGCCUCCGGCACGGACUCAACGGCGGCGCUGCGCUGCAUCCAGCAGGUGGCGCUGCUUGUGCAGGGCAACUGGGUGGUCAAGAGUGAUGUCCUCUAUCCUAAAAACACCUGCAGUCCUCACAGCGGGGUCCCUGCCGAGGUGCUCUGUCGGGGCCGGGACUUUGUGAUGUGGAGGUUCACUCUGGAGCGCUCUGUGAUGAGAAAGGAGAUUGCAUCCAUCAUCAAACUUCCUCCGGAGGAUGUGAAGGAGUUCCUGGAGCAUGUGGCUGUUCCUCGAGUCAACCGCGGCUGGGAGUUCCUGCUGCCCACCGAUGUAGAAUUUGUGAAGAAACACACAGACAUUGCCCACAGGCAACACAUGCUGUGGCUCGGCAUCCAGAGCAAGUUGGAAAAAGUGUUCAACUUCUCCAAGGAAGACUUCAUGCCAAAGAACUCCCCUCAGCCUGAUCCCGUCCAUGUGACCGGGGAGCAGCGUCUGAAGAAGGCUCAGGACCGCGCUCAGGGAAACAAGUCGUCCAUGCAGAAGGACCGGGACACGAGACGGUCAGAAAGCAGCGUCCAGGUCAAACAGGAACCGGUCAGCGACAGGGAAGACGAACCCAUGGACACCUCCUCUUCCUCCUCCGCCAUCAACGGCUCUGUGAACGGCUACCCCAGCGCCACCUCCCCCGCCUUCGACCACACUAAUGGUAACACGGGGAGUCCGGCCAACGCGCCGUCUGUGGAGCUGAAGGACUUUGUGAAAAAGACUUUCAAGAAGCAUUUUGUACUGACACUGAACGAGUUCAAGAGGCUGUUUGGCCUCCACAUCGCCUCCAUGCCGUCGGGACACAGCAUCUACCCCUCCAUCUCGGACCACAUGCUGCAGGACGCCAUACUGCUCUGCCAGUGCAAACAGAUAAUGGUGCCUUUUCCUGCUCAGACCACAGCAGCCACUGAUGAGCAGAAGGUGUUUGGUUUGUGGGAGACUGGAGAGGAGUUUGACAAGCAACGCCGCCUGCUGUAUGAACUGUUCAACAAGAACUACCGCAUCAGGAGGACUAUGAUUCAAGCCAAACUCACACAGGAGUUAGGAGACGCCUGUAAGGCGGACAUCGACCGGAUGCUAAAUGAGUGCUGCAUCAGCCAUGCGGGGAUGUGGUACCUCAAGGGAACGGUUCCGUCCUGACACUGAGAGCCUGCAGUCCCCUGUCAGCCAAUCAAAUCCUCUCCAGGUUGUCUAGUGGGAGGGCAGCCAGAGAGACGAGAGCCAAUCACAAUCACAGCUCGCCCUGCUCUGAGGGCGGGCGAGUGGAGGACAAAAAGACGUCGGCCGUCUGCUCAGAACAUGAAGUUUAUUUCAUUUCAACUGAAGCAUUUCUGACUGACACAAGCAAUCUGAUGCAGCGCGAAGGAAAGGAACUCACAAGAGCUGAGUGUCUGAGGGGGGUAUAUGGCUAUAUACAAGGAAUAUAUAAGGUUUAUCGGUAGAUUUUUGGAUUUGUUGGACCUCAUGUUUGAUUAUUUUUUAAUUAAACUUUUAAAGAUCAGUUUACUAUUGAAAGCGAAGGGGAUCAGAGUGCUUUCAUUUAUCUCCUGAUUUCUAUAUUUUGCCCGAAAAAACACAAUAUACUUUCUCAUAUCAUAAAAAAAAAUGUUGAAGCCCUCGAGGGAAGAAAACCGUAUUUACUUUUCAACUAUUAACUUAGAACAUUAUCUCUAAUAGGAGUAUGGUAUUUAAUUAAGGUAUUCUAAGUAAAACAUGUGAAGGCACUUGAAGAAACUGUGCCAAAUUCAGGAGUCCUGAAACAAUAAGUGAAAAGAAAAUGAUGCAGAAACAAGCAAAAAGUCACAAUGUUAUUAUGCAUAAUGAGAUACAGCAGAAAUCUCUUAAUAUCGUUGGCAAUCAUGGAGCUGGAAACUGCCGCAUGAAAUGUGGCUUUCACACAUGUCUGUAUUAUGCAGUGGAAUGUGUACUGAACAAUAAAAUCGGAGAAAGUGGAUUAAAUGGCU